AUGGACAACAGCUCGACCAAGACAAGCCUCUACUCGUCUAACACCAUGGUAGAGCAGGACGACCAAUGGUAUGGCCACCUACCAUGCGUGUUUGGUAAUUACCAACGGGGCUGCCACGAGCACAAUCCGACACAGUCGCUCAUUUACUACAAUCCUCGUCUGCCUCCGAAUGAAACGCGCCUGGACUGCCUCAUUAGUGGUUUAUCUUCGUUCUGGCACAGUUUUUGGGGUACCCUUCGCCUCUCAGAAGCAUCAGAAACUAGCUUUGAGCCGCUUCUCACUGAUGCUUCUUCGGCCAAAGACCCCGUGCCUUCACCCCUGUUCUGCAUGGAACGGCCCUUCGAUUCCCUUUCAGUCGACACCGUUGCACCUAUACACCCGACCAUGCCUUACCAUCUUGCUUUCUAUCACCUAGACUGUGUACGUCAGAAGCUCGAUCGUGACGUUCAAACUGCCUUCAUCCCAGAAUUGUCGUGCGGCGGUACUUCCAGUUUUUAUCACAGUGGUCCCAAAUAUACAUGGUCAAGCGAAAUAUACUUCCAAAAUGGGACUUUUCUACAAAAACAAGAGAUCUGUUGUAUAAUAGACGAAAUCUCUGCCUGCGGAACGAUCAAAUUCACCGAGUGUCCUCAUAUUACCUUCAAGGUCAGGCCUUUAUGGCUGACGGAUGACGACGGUUUCUUUGUCGCGCGAGCGUGGUUGAGUUUUCCACCAAUUAAUGGCAGGGAAACCUUUGGGUUCAAAUGGUGGACCAGUAAGACGGGCCGUUUCGCCAGGAUGAGCAUGUGUGGAGUAUGUCAGUCUGAUCAUGAACAAACUUUGGAGUUGGUGGGUCGUCAGCUUCAUCUACGAAAUACCUGCUACAGAGACUUGGGCCCUGCUACCGAUCGGUCUAUACCCAGAUGGAUAUCGCUAUUGACAGGAGAGGGCUCCAUGAACCGAACCCGUAGGUUUGAUUUGUAUGCGCGUGUUUGGAAGACCGCCCAGCAACUAGGACGGCCGAACCUGCACGUGAUUCAUCACAAAUCGCGCAAUGGGGAGUUUGUUGUUAAUGCCACAUGA